CAUGCCACAUCACCAUUCACGUCAUCUUUAAUUUCACAGCCCAAAUUAAAAAUUCAACCCGACCCAUAAAUAAAAUAACCCGACCCAAAGUGGAAUAACAAAGGUAAAAGAAUCGGGUCUUUCUCUGUGCCUUAUUCUUUCUCUCUCCUGAAAGAAAAUUUUCAUUCUAGGGUUCACCGCUACUGCUGUUUGAAUUCAUUCGAAAGGGAAAGAUUGAUUGUCAUUUUCUAAGGUUCCCCACGACUGUCGAUGGUAUAAAUCGCUUGUUGGAUCGAUUGUCACAUUCACUGUUUGAUGCUCAAUUGAUGCAUUAGGGUUCUUCUGAUAAAAUCAAUAUAGGGUUCGUUUUUGGAGUUGUAGUCACCUAAAAUUGAUGUCUUCACCUACCUUUCAGAAAAGCUAUGGGAUUCCGACUUAUUAUAAUACGCCCUUGGAGCUGGCUCCCCUUUUGACGUUUCUAAGGAUUCCGACGAUGUUCAUACAGUUCUUGCUGUAAAUUCAUAUGUGAUUAUAUUGUUCUGAUGAAUUUGGAUCUUUCAUAAUUUAUUUCUCAAGAUUCAUAUGUUGCUUUUUAUGAAUUUGCAUCUUUCAACACUUUUUCCUCAAUAUCCAUAUUUUUGUAACUGCUCUUGCAGAUGAUUAUUGUCGUUUCCUACUUCGAGCCUGUAUCUUUUGAGUUCAUUCUGUAUAUGUGGGUCCAUAAAGUGAAUUAUUGUGUCAUAUCACUGAAAACUAGGGAGAAAUCAUGUGAAACUUGAAAAUCAAUACUUUAUUUUGGAGUAAGAAGUAAAAUAAAUUAACUUGUUCAUGUUAUAAUCGUUGGUUGAAAUGUUGCCAAUCCUGGCGAUGCUUUCAGAGGCUGUUCCCAAGAAAAUUCUUGAACUGAUGAAUGUUCCCGGACUAACAAGAGAAAAUGUUGCCAGCUACUUUCAGGUACUGCAGAAAUACCGGUUAUACCUCAGGAGGUUGAGCGGUGUAUCACAGCAUCAGAAUGGAUUAAAUAACUUGUUCAUGGGACAUCCGGAAGCAACAUAUGGGACAAUGACUUCUUUCAGUGGGCUCGAGCUUCAAGCUUUAGUUGCCACUGGUCAACUUCCCAUACAAAGUCUUGCUACCCUCUAGGCAGCUGCACUAGGUAGGUCUGCGACAAAAUCUGCCACAUCUAUGCAUCUAGUAAAUCAAGGAAACCUUUUCAUCUUUGAAAAUCCCAAGUUGAGAUUUCCCGAGGGACAGCAACAAUAUUAACUUACUUUAUGGGAUCCCAACGACUAUGGAACCGAAGCAGCUAGUAGAUCUGCACCAGUCCUUGCAGUCCUUUGUGGCGAUGAAUAUGGAACACUAGAAUGCAACAAAAUAAUGCUCUACUAAUGCAUAUGUCUCAACAACAACAAAAACAACUGUCAAGGGCUCAAAUGCUAAAUGAAUCCAAUAAUGGUCAAGUUUCAUGGCCUCCAUUGUCCGUUUCACAACCUUUGUCCUCAAACGGGAUACCUGCUGCAAUCUUAUCACGAAAUGGCAUUGUUGACAGUGUACGAGGUACGAUAUACAAUCGAGUCUCCCAAGCAUCUACAAUGGUAAAUUUCUCGCUAAAUCAAACUACAGAGUUGCAAAGCAACAGUUUUCCUCUUGUGAGUAGUAACUCCAGUAUGUCAACGCCGACAUUUAAAUGAUUGCUUCAAGAAGAGGUUAACUCUGAUAUUAAAGGAUCUAGAGGAUUCCCUGCUGGUUAUGAUAUUUUUGAAGAAGUGCAUCAACAAAAAUAGCAGGAUUGGGGUUUACAAAAUGUCGGAUCAGCUUUCGGUGCCUCUGAUCAUUCAAGUAUACCUGGAACUCUGGAUGUCUCACCCUCCAUGUAAGUUCAACAAGGUAUUUCUUCAAUGAAGAAGACUGGACAAAAUGGGAAUUCUCCCAUGGGUGAACAACAACUUAAUUUAUUCUCCGGUGGAAAUUUUCUUACUGGAAAUUUGUGUCGGACAAGUUGAAACUGAGUUUGCCUUUGAUGGAUAUCCACAACUGGACAAUCUUCCUGUGUAAUCCGUGGAAAGAGUGUAGUUGUUGUACAUUACACUUUUGGACAUAUAAUUCGGAGUCACUAGUGUACAUAGUUGUCUUUAUAGCUGCAAAAUGACUUCUGCGAACAAAAAAUGGUGUAGUUUCAGCUCAUCAUUCAGUUCUUGAUGUUGGAUUCUCGUCUAGCUGCAUCUUUUGAUCUGAUUCGUGAUUCUUGUGGAAUUUGACAGCAAGUAAUUUGUGUAUGAUACUUCUGCAUGGUAUCGCAAAGGCGUACAUGUAAAGUUUUGACUUCUAUUUAGCUAGGUGAACUUCAGGACUUUAAUCGUUCGAGUUAUUUACUAACUGCAAUAACCUGGUUUUAAUUUCUUCUACUUCACUUUCUGAAGUUGAUGAUCUUGAUGUACAGAUUAAAUUUGGAUUGCCAUAAUGUGCUAGUCUUUGGGAUUCUUUUAGUAGCACUUUCAUGCUUUCUUCUUUAUAUGAGUAGUUGAUUUGAAAGGCUAAUAAAACUAAAAAUGUGUUUUGAUCUA